UCCUGGACCUCGCAGUACGCCCAGCCAGCACACCGCUCUGCUCAGGGCUGCCUUAAAUCUCCUACCAUGGGGGAAGAAGGCGGCGGCCGCAGCUGUGGGACCACUAGGGAGCUGCAGAAGCUGAAGCAGCAGGCGAUGGAGUACUACCGGGAGAACGACGUUCCGCGCAGGCUGGAAGAGCUGCUCAACUCCACCUUCUACCUCCAGCCUGCCGAUGUCUACGGGCACCUGGCAAACUGCUUUUCUAAACUUGCAAAGCCUCCCACCAUAUGCAAAGUCGUGGGGAAAAAUGUGCUGGAUGGACUGGGGCUUCCAACACUACAAGUGGAAAUAUUCUGCACCGUUCAAAAUUUUCCCAAGAAUAUAUGUUCUGUGGUGAUCUCAACUCACUUCGAAGUCCAUGAGAACGCUUUGCCCAAGCUAGUUGAAGCAGAGGAAUUAGAAAGGUCGGAUGCCGUCAGCACUGCGGUGCGGUGGGUCAACGAAACCAUCACCGAGGAGCUUCAGGGCUUAGCUCCUUCCAACCAGGCUGAGGUGGAUCAGGUGCUCAGGACAUUCUUUGAAAGUAAAGUACAAGAAGAUAAGGAGAGAAAAGAAUUGGAAAAGAGCCUGGAAGACUCCACAGUGCCUACACCUUCACCUCUAACACCACCACUGCCUCCUCCACCUCCAGCCAAAAAAACAGGACAAAAGCAAGGGAGGAAGGAUACUCUCACAGAAAAACCAAUUAUACCCCCAGAACCUGUUGAACCCAUACUCUGUGGCAGCAUGGCCAUAGGAGCUGUGUCACUGGCUGUUGCCAGAACCAGUGCCGUGCUGGGCAAUAAUCCUCUGUACUUAAAUAUUGCACUGCUGAAGCACCACCAGGAUCAGCCGGCAAAGCUAACUAUACCUCUCCUGAUGGUAUCUCUGGUCAGCUGUGGGAAGUCAUCACCUGGCAAGCUGAAUUUAAUGAAAGAAGUGAUUUGUAUACCCCAUCCUCGAUUAACAGCUCAACAAGGUGUGGACAUGCUUCUGGAAAUUCAGAAACACAUUAACAAAACAAUUGAAAUGCCCCCUCCUCCAAAACCAGAGACAAGAAAAGGUCAUAAUGGAGGCCAAAGAGGUCAACAGCAGAUCACUGGCAAGAUGUCCCAUCUUGGCUGUUUAACCAUUAAUUAUGACACCAUAGAGCAGCCACUGCUCCUAAUACAAGGAAUCUGUGCGAACCUGGGGCUAGAAAUGGGAACGAAUCUCCAUCUAGCCAUCAACUGUGCUGCACAUGAACUGAUGGACUAUAGUAAAGGAAAGUAUGAAGUGAUGAUGGGAACCUACAAAAAUGCAGCUGAGAUGGUUGACCUGUAUGUGGAGCUGAUCAACAAGUUCCCUUCAAUUAUUGCCUUAAUUGAUCCUUUCAGAAAGGAGGACUCUGAACAGUGGGACAGCACCUACAAUGCUCUUGGUUCCAAGUGUUACAUAAUUGCAGGCACCGCAUCCAAAAGCAUCUCUAAACUUCUAGAGGAUGGGAACGUCGGCAUCCUCAGAUGCAGCGGGCUGAUCGUAAAACACACAAAUCAAACUACGAUGUCUGACUUGGUGGAAAUGACCAAUCUUAUUGACAGUAAGAAGCACAUCGCUGUCUUUGGAAGUGCAGACGGAGAGUCGUCUGAUGACAGCCUUGUUGAUUUAGCCGUUGGACUUGGUGUCCGGUUUAUCAAGUUGGGAGGUCUUUCUCGUGGCGAACGGGUGACUAAGUACAAUCGCCUCUUUACUAUAGAGGAAGAACUUGUCCAGAAUGGAACACUGGGUUUCAAUGCAGAACACACAUUUUUCUCCUUGAAUGAGGAAGCCAAAAAGGUUGCCACGGCUGGUGAGCUUCCUGAGCCCUCGGAGCCCAUCUUCGCCACAGAAGUUGUGGAGGAAUCAGCCAAAACACAACCCUAACCUGGAAACAAAUGGAAACGGGAAUUCUAGGAAAUGAAGUUCCAAGUUCCAGCCUAGCUAAAGUUGUUACAGUCAAAGCCACACAAAGUCUGCUGGUCAAGUCCCCAGUGUGGUUCCACUAUAGAAGCCAGCCAGUCUGCUCUACGCAUGCAGAGGAGGUACCCAUCUCAUUCUAGGUGAGCAACUUCCAUCAACCCAUACUGACCUUCAUCACUUUUGUAGAACUACCAUGGAAGUUUUCAUGCGCAUGUGUGUCUGCAGAUGCAGGGGUGGUAAACACAUCCUAAAAUGCUUUCUUCAUCAGCUGGAGGCUGAAAACUUCCAGGAAGCUCUCAGGGCUCCACAACAGCAACAAAUGAUGUUGACUGAACUGAAAACUCAGAAACUUUGUAUUGCCAGGCUGAAACUGUCCUGGAAUUGUCUCAGUCCAGAGAAUUGUUCUUUCCUGAAGUAGGCUUCUCAAUAAUAGAUUAAUCUAUUAUUAAGUCACCUGAACACUCCAACUGAACUUGGCACAGUGGAAAAUUUCUCUCUGUGUUGAGAAUCGGAGUAAAUACUUUCUUGAAGAUAAUGACCACUGACUUGGAAUCCCAAUGGCUUAAGGCUAAAAGGGACUAUGGCAAUCAUCUAGUCCAACUGGUCCUUUUACAGAUGAGGAAAAUGAGGUUUGGAGAGAGGGAAAGCCUGACCUAAAAUUAUACAGCUUAUCAGCGGCAGAGCCAGGACAAGAAUCAGAAGCUCCUAUCUUCCUGUUCCUGAUUUUUCCACAACAUCACACAGCUAUUUACCAAAGGCAUCUUCCAAAAACAUGAUACUGAUGCCACAGGCUAAUUCUGGCAUGUUUACUGAUUCUUUCUGAAUCCCUGUUUUCAGCUUCAUCUUUCAGAACUAUAAAUAUAAAAUCCAUCCCUUCAAGCUAC